CUCACCCAAGAAAGUAGCACGUAUGAUAUGGUUAUAACAUCUACCACAUACUCUUGUUAUAUAACUUGUGGAUUUUGGUUCUUACCAUUUCAUCAAUAUCCUUUCACUUUCUCUGCAAUUGAAAUGGCCUCAAAACCAGAAACUGAACAUCCCAAACAAGCUUUCGGCUGGGCUGCUAGGGACACAUCUGGAGUCCUUUCUCCUUUCAAGUUCUCUAGAAGGGAAACAGGGGAGAAGGAUGUGGCAUUCAAAGUACUAUUUUGCGGUAUAUGUCACUCGGACCUCCAUAUGGCGAAGAAUGAGUGGGGCAGUACUACUUACCCAGUAGUUCCUGGACAUGAAGUUGCUGGUGAAGUGACAGAGGUGGGAAGCAAGGUGAAAAACAUCAAAGUUGGAGAUAGGGUUGGUGUGGGGUGCAUGGUUGGAUCCUGCCAUUCAUGUCAAAGUUGUGGCGAGGAUCUCGAAAAUUAUUGCUCAAAGAUGAUUCAGACAUACAGUUCCAAGAAUGUUGAUGGCACUAUCACAUAUGGAGGCUACUCUGACACCAUGGUUGUCGACGAACACUUUAUUGUCCGUAUUCCCGAUGCCUUAUCACUUGAUGCUGCCGCUCCUCUCCUUUGUGCUGGGAUCACAGUGUAUAGCCCAAUGAAACAUUUUGGAUUUGACAAACCUGGACUGCAUAUAGGUGUGGUUGGUCUUGGUGGAUUAGGUCAUAUGGCUGUGAAGUUCGCCAAAGCCUUUGGUGUUAAGGUAACUGUGGUAAGUACUUCUCCUAACAAAAAGAAGGAAGCCAUUGAACGCUUAGGAGCUGACUCAUUCGUGGUUAGUCGCGAACAAGACCAGAUGAAGGCUGUAAUGGGAACGUUUGAUGGAAUCAUCGACACUGUUUCAGCACUCCAUCCUCUAAUGCCUUUGCUUGGUCUAUUGAAGAAUAAUGGUAAACUUGUUAUGGUUGGAGCUCCAGAGAAGCCUUUGGAGUUUCCAGUAUUUUCUUUGAUUGUGGGGAGAAAGACAAUUGGUGGGAGUAUGAUUGGAGGGAUGAAGGAAACACAAGAAAUGAUUGAUUUUGCAGCCAAACAUGGCGUAAAACCUGAUAUUGAGGUUGUUCCAGUGGAUUAUGUAAAUACUGCAAUGGAACGCUUAGUCAAAGCUGAUGUGAAAUAUCGAUUUGUUAUUGACAUUGGAAACACAAUGAAGGCAAGCUCUUAAAUAACUAGAUGGGUUUAUAAAAAAUUAGUAUUUCUUUCACAUUGUAUUCAUUUUUGGGAGGGCUUUGUUUUCAUUUUUGUAUUUCUAUUUCUUUGCAAGACAUGUAUUACUUGUUCCAUUUUUCGUUUUUUUAA